AUGGCACCCCAACGGCAACGGCAACGGCAACAGCAACAGCAACGACACGUCCGUCGACCACUGUCCUCGAGGAAGCUGGAUAUGCUGUACCUCGUCUUCUUCACCAUUCAUAUCCCAAUCAUGCUGCUGGUCGACCUCGGCCCGCUGUGGCCGUCCACCCUCCGUCCUCAGAUCUCCCGCACGCUUCACGACCACAUGGCGGCGACGUACAACGACAAGUUCUUCGCGGACCCGCCGGCCUGGUUCACGUGGUACCUGUACAUCGAGGCUCUUUACCAUUUACCUCUCAGUAUGUGGAUGAUGUGGGCAAUUCCAAAAGAUCACGUAAUGCUACCUCUCCAUCUUCUUCUCUUCGGCGUGGAAACGGGUAUAACGACACUCACGUGUAUCGCCGACAUGGGUUCCUGGACCGGGUACACGACGAAGCAGAAGAACGAUCUCUAUGGACUUUACGUCCCGUACAUUGGACUCGCUGUUCUUAUUGGUGUGGACGCUUUUGUCAGAGUCAGAAACCAGAUCUUGAACGGUGCCGGUGCCGGUGCCGGUGCGAGUCUUCAAGCUGGAGCCGACAAGGGGAAGAAGGCAUGA